AUGCCAUUUACAAGAAUUUGGGAUGAAUCUUGUCCUCGCGUUUGGGAUAAAUGGGAGGCUAAUGGCCAAGAGUGGGUUGUUCAGGACUUGGACCCGAAAGAUGAUGAAGAGGCACUUGAGAUUUUAGUGGAACAUCUUUGUAGUGAUGAACUUCUUUGCUCUUUAAGUAAACUUACUGAAGACAAUGAAAGUGUAGAAGGAAUUAGAAAAUUUUGGAUCCCUUGCAUCGCACAGAGGAUGUGUUUAGGGUGUUACACCUGGGUAGAUGGUAAAAAGACUCUGGUAGCUUUAAACCUGUGUAUCGUUAUGUCUGCUGGAGAUACUUUUCCCAAUGUUGAGAUCACAGGUGAGAAGUGGAAAAACGUAUAUAAAGGGAUGGAGUAUGUUGAAACCAAACGAGAUCCACACAAAUAUUUGGAAUUGAGUACUCUUUUACAUGCGUUUGGGCUUGUUGUGAAGAGGGAGUACAGAGGCUGUAAACUUGGUGCCAAACUGUUGGCUGCUAGGGAGCCGCUGUGUAAGUUACUUGGAGUAAAAGGUACUACUACGGUAUUUUCGGGCCCAGCUUCACCAAUCUUGGCCGCUAGAUGUGGAUUCGUCUGCAUUUACAAAGCGUCUUUGAAAGAACUAGCUGACUCAGGACUGGACUAUCCUCCUGAACCUAAUACGUAUAUAAAACUCAUGGUUAAGCGAUAUGAUUAA